CGACUCUCAAGCUGAUGAGGGUCGGUCGAUUCUGUUUUCGCUAUCGAUACCUUCCUUCGCGAGCUCAUCUGCCCGUCAUGGCGCCAAACUAUGAUGCCUGGUCAAAGGAGGAGCUUAUCGCCCGUCUUAGAGAUAUUGAACAUCGUUCGAAACUUAUUCCGAGCCAAAAGAAAACCAUUUCUUUGUCGACAACGGGAGGAAGCCCGUUCCACUCCGAACGCCAUCCCCGCCGUAAAAUCGCCGUCAAGUUCUGCUACUCUGGUUGGGAAUACAAUGGGCUUGCUUUCCAGAACGACCCCACCCCGCUUCCUACGGUAGAAGAGGUCCUCUUCCGCGCAUUCGCGAAAGCAAGAUUGGUCGAUGCGGACGCUGGUCUUGACGGUUGCGGCUGGGAACGGUGUGGGAGAACGGACGUUGGUGUGAGUGCGGCAGGUCAAGUCGUCUCUCUCUGGGUGAGGAGCGUGUUUCACGGUCUGGACACCGAAGCUCCACCACGCCCUAGACUAUCAGAAGCCCCUGUUCAACUGACUCAAGUCCAUGCGGAGGAUGCAGGCGAGGAAGAUUCACCAGUGAUUCCGGCUGUCAUCGACGAGGCGGAUUUCGCAUUUACAGGGUUAGAUAUGUCUCCUCCUGAUUCCCCUUCAGAGCCUCCCCGGCCUCCUGGUCGCGAACUGCAAUACGUCUCCAUCCUAAACCGUAUACUUCCCCCCACCAUUCGUGUCCUCGCAUGGUCUCCCGUCUCCCUCUCCUUCUCUGCCCGAUUUAACUGUAAAUACCGCCACUAUAAAUAUUUCUUCACCGCUCACGGGCUCGAUAUCCCCCUGAUGCAACGUGCCGCGGACUACUUCGUCGGGGAACACGACUUCCGGAACCUCUCGAAGCUCGACCCAGCCAAACAGAUCACGGAUUUCCGUCGACGUAUCCUUAGUGCUCGGAUCAAUGCUGUCGAGCCAUCUCCAGAUCUCUGUGGCAUUGCCAAGCAAUCCGGACGCGACGACCAGCUCUAUGUCCUCGACCUUGUCGGGAACGCGUUUCUCUACCACCAGGUCCGACAUAUCAUGGCCAUCCUUUUCCUUGUUGGUACAGGACUUGAACCUCCGUCGAUUAUCCCAACGCUUAUGAAUAUAGACGGAUUAGAGUCCGCAAAGACGGGUCUCCAACUCCCCAUCGUAGAGAGAAAACCAGAAUACCAAAUGGCGGACGCCCUGCCCCUUAUGCUGUGGGAAUGCGCUUUCUCAGACUCGGAUGUCCACUGGCAGAGCGAUAGUGACGUUAAUGAUAAAGUUGUCGGCGGAGAGGGCGAAGAUAACGAGACCGGCGGUCCUGUCGCGGAAAAAUACUCAGGGACGGGUUUAGUCCGUCAGAUCCACUCCGUCUAUCAACGUUCCCUAAUUCAUAGUGCUCUGGAAGGCCAUUUCUUAUCAUCUGCCAUGCGGUACCACCCAAAUCCCCCACAGUACUUCCCUUUCAGCCAGACAGGUCUAUCUACAAGUACUAUUCCACGACUACCUAACAACACCUUACCCGUUAUCGGAGUGCCGUUGGGAGGAGGGACAUACAGGAGAGGUGCCAAAUACGUUCCAUUGCUCUCUCGCAAGCGGCUGGAUCAUGUGGAUGUGGCUAACGCCCGAUGGAAAAAUGGCAAGGGUAGUAGGCGUGAGAAUCGGACGGCGCUGACUAGUGCGGCGGAGGCAAUUGGCGAUGAAUAGGUUUCGUGCCUUCGCCAGUUCGUUGGAAGUGUGAGGUCUUGCUAUGCCGUAUGCGUGUCAGCAGCCCUCAUCCUUUUAUGUACGAGCAUGGAUAACUACCUGUACAAAAUUUUCACAACCUUCCCCUUACACAUUGGAACGCGUGAGUUAUCGCAUGGAAUGCAGUCAAACUGUC